AUGAACUGCCCCUCGCGAAACGACGAUACCCUCGAUCACCCCGGCUGGAACCAGAGCCCGCCUCCCUUCAGCCCAGACACUACGACCCGCAAUGAUUUCAACGGCCUUGCAAACGCGCGAGUGCACCGCAAGCAUGCCGCCGGGACAGGGAGCGCCGCCGGCGACGAUACCAUGGCAAUCGAUCCGCGACCGCAGAGUUUGGAAACCCAGGAUCCAGCAAUAGAGAAGCGGCCGGGCGGCGAAGUGACCGUAGCGGCCUCGGGGUGCGAACCACCCUCGAGGACCUGCGGUUCACCUCGCCGUCCUUUCUCUAACUUUUCAUUUUCCGCCUCUGCGCGACAUUGUGUCCGCAGCCUGGUCAAAUUCGGCCGCUUCAUCGGGCCUGGAUUCCUCAUUGCGGUCGCCUAUAUCGAUCCGGGAAACUAUGCCACGGAUGUCGGUGCCGGCGCACAAUUCAAAUACGCUCUGCUGUUUAUCGUUCUCUUGUCUAAUCUCUUUGCAGUGCUUCUACAGUCUCUGUGCAUCAAGUUGGGUUCGGUGACAGGUCUCAACCUGGCGGAGAAUUGUCGCGAGCAUCUCCCCCGAUGGCUGGUCAUUAUACUGUACAUCAUGGCUGAAGGGGCGAUCAUUGCUACUGAUAUUGCAGAGGUGGUCGGUUCUGCGAUUGCGCUGAACUUGCUUCUUCAUAUCCCCCUUGUGGCUGGAUGUGCGAUCACUCUCGUGGAUGUCUUCUUCCUUUUGCUGUUCUGGCGGCCGAAUGGGUCGAUGUUGGGCUUGCGCCUGUUUGAGUUUUUCGUGAUCGCCCUGGUCCUUGGCGUGGUGAUUUGCUUUUGCAUUCAGCUGUCCCUCAUCAAGGACCAAUCCGUGGGGGAGGUCUUCAGGGGCUACCUCCCGUCCUCUGCUAUUGUGCAAUCGGAUGGACUUUACCAAAGUUGUGGUAUUCUUGGCGCCACAGUCAUGCCGCAUUCUCUCUUCCUGGGCAGUGGGGUGGUGCAGGCUCGACUCAAAGACUUUGAUGUCACCGCAGGAUAUGUUGAGUCUACCGUGCCGCUGGGAAGCAAUGGCGGUCAGUUAGAGUAUCGACCAACCCUCCACGCCAUUCGCGGGUGCAUGAAGUACUCCAUAAUUGAGCUGGCAUUGUCCCUAUUUACAUUUGCAUUGUUCGUCAACAGUGCGAUUCUCAUCGUUGCAGGGGCCUCCCUCUACGAUGUCCCUGGCGGAAGCAGUGCCGACCUGUUCGGUAUCCACGACCUGCUUUCCUCAUCCAUCUCCCCAGCUGCUGGGCUGGUCUUUGCUUUGGCUCUCCUUCUCUCCGGCAUCUCGGCCGGUAUUGUCUGCACCAUGGCUGGCCAAAUGGUCAGUGAGGGCAUGCUGAACUGGAGCAUUCAGCCCUGGCUGCGAAGACUUAUUACUCGAUGCAUCAGCAUCAUCCCUAGUAUCAUCAUUGCGGCAGCCGUUGGCAAAGAAGGCCUGGACAAGACCCUAACGGCCAGCCAGGUCUGCCUCAGCGUCAUCUUGCCUUUCGUCUCUGCCCCGCUCAUUUGGUUCACAUGUUUUAGUAAAUACAUGACUGUUCCGACUGAGCAGACAGCCGAAGGCGAAGGUGAAGAUGAUGUUCGGGUUGAGCAAGUGUCCAUGCGCAACCACUGGUUUACCUCUUUAGUUGCCGGGCUCGUAUGGCUUCUCAUUGCCGUCAUGAAUGUGGCCUUGCUAGUGUUGGUGGGCAUGGGCAAGGCCUAA